UCGCAUAAACUUGCCCAGGUUGCGCCAAAGUAAUACUAGUCGAGGAACUAUCGAGAUACCACCCCUUCAUCUAAGAAGCCGAAGCGACGACCUUGAAGUCUUUGGUACCUGGGAGAUCGUCGACCAUGGAGGUCCCGGCGGAUCACUCUGCGCCGAAGAGCGAAGUCUCAGCUGCUGCCGGUUCUAGAGGUCAAUCAAUGGACUAUGCGCCAUACCCUAAGAUUGAUCCCGCCGACAUUGAUCCCCCUCCCCCGCCGCCGCUGGGGACGCAGAACGACACUGGCCACAUGGCCACAUCCAUGCCGGUGGAAAGAAAUCCCUACGUCACGCCCUCAUCGGUUCCCUCGUCCUCCAAGAACACCAUAGAGUCGGUAAAGGAUGUGCUGGGGAAGUGGGGGAAGAAGUUGGGCGAUACAGCGAAGAAGACAGAGGAUCUUGCUGGAAACGUCUGGCAGCACUUGAAAACGGGACCUAGUUUUGCUGAUGCUGCUAUGGGAAGGAUAGCUCAGGGGACCAAAAUAAUUGCUGAAGGUGGUUACGAGAAGAUAUUUCGACAAACUUUUGAUGUAUUUCCUGAAGAACAGUUGAAAAGGGCAUAUGCUUGUUUCUUGUCAACUUCAGCUGGCCCUAUUAUGGGAACAUUGUAUCUUUCUACUGCUAAGAUAGCAUUUUGCAGCGAUAACCCCCUUUCUUACACUGUUGGUGACAAAACUGAAUGGAGCUACUACAAGGUGGUUAUUCCUCUGCGCCAACUGAGAUCAGUCAAUCCUUCAACUAGCAGUAUAAAUCCAUCAGAAAAGUAUAUCCAGAUUGUAUCAGUCGAUAACCAUGAGUUCUGGUUCAUGGGAUUUUUGUACUACGAUAAUGCUGUGAAGCACUUGCAGGAAGCUCUGAACAUUCCUGACAGUUUUCAGCCUUAGUUGGAGAAAUCACUUGUAUGUUUAAUGGGGACAAAUUAUGAUAAAUUUUUUCAUUGUAAGGUGUUUGAAAGGUUAAUCAUGUUCUGUAUGCAUUGCAUUUGUUUGAUUAUAAAUGUAUGAUUGGGGUCUCGUCACGUGUUGAUAGUGGAGUUUUAGAUGUUUUCCUCCAUGACGAGAAGAUCAUGUAUUUAUGGACGUUAAAAUUUCUUUUAUUAACUGGUUUGGUUGUAACUCUUGUUAUAUUUUAUGCAUAUAAAUCGCUUGUGUGA